UCCAAUGCGUUUGCGCAGUGGGCCUGGUUUGGCCCAUGGCGUUGGCUGUGCUCCGCGGGGGCCUGGCGGCUGCGCUGCUGAUCAGAGGGAGGGCCCGGAGCUCAGGCCCCGGACCUGGACCCUUCCAGCCCCAACGCGUGGCCGUGGUAGCCAAAACCACCCGCUUCGAAUUCGAGCAGCAGCGGGGUGGAGAGCGAGAGGCGGCGCUGCGGCAGCGGCUUGCUACGAAGGGAUCCAGUUACUGUGGAUUGCUGGAGCGACACCACCGUCACACUCUGAGUGUUCAGCAUGUGCUGGAUAGUCUCCGGAAGGAAGGCAUCGAGGUUCGCCUGGUGAAGCGCAGAGACUACACUGAAGAGACAGUGCGAUGGGCCGACGCCAUUGUCUCUGCUGGAGGUGAUGGGACGAUGUUGCUCACAGCCAGUAAAGUGUUUGGCCGCCUCAAACCCGUGAUUGGAGUGAACACCGACCCAGAGAGGUCUCUGGGACACCUGUGUCUGCCCCUGAGGUACACUCACUGCUUCUCCGACGCACUCAGGAAGCUACAGCAGGGAGAGUUCAGGUGGCAGUGGAGGCAGAGGAUCAGGAUUUGCCUGGAAGGGGUGGGGUUCAAUGCCACCCCCGUGGACCUGCAUGAGCAGCAGCUGAGCCUGGAGCAGCACACCACGGCCCAUCGCAAGGCCACGAACAAUGGUGUGGGCAGUCGGGUGAGUGAUCAGCCUGAGCUGCUGCCGGUCAGGGCCCUCAAUGAGGUGUUUGUGGGAGAAUCGCUGUCAUCCCGGCCAUCAUACUAUGAGAUCUCCAUUGACAAUGGACCCUGGGAGAAGCACAAGAAUUCUGGUCUCAAUGUCUGCACCGGGACUGGAUCCAGGGCCUGGUCUUACAACAUUAACAAGUUGGCCAGUCAGGAGGUGGAAGAUCUUUUACUGAUUGCACAGAAGAGAGGCCACGUGGCCCUGCAGAUGGAUCGAGAGUCUGUGGAGCAAGUCACCGACCACUACAACGAUUCACUGAUCUUCUCCCCCGAGGAGCGGAGGCUUUUCUUUAGCAUUCGGGAGCCCAUUGUAAACAGAGUGUUCACCAGCACCCUGCACCGCGGCUUUACUAGCAAAAUGGCCAUCCGCUCCAGGUGCUGGGAUGCCUGUAUGGUGGUAGACGGAGGGACAUCGUUCGAGUUCAACGAUGGAGCAGUUGCCACUUUAACGGUGGAGGAGGAGGACGCUUUGUGCACAGUGCUGCUGGAAGAGUGAAUCCUUGCCAGAGGAUGGGAUAGCUCUGUUACACUACUGAGCCUGGAUUGUGUGGUGCUUGCCUGACCUGGAGGCACUGAACUGGUGCCAGGGUAGUUUGGUGCAGUAUUCUUUUGGUGUAGUGUGGGUUUGACCUGAAGCAAGAUGCUCACUCGCAGGUCUGUGCCACCACACCGUUGCUGACUUGCAGACUUUGUGCCCUCUCUGGCUGGAAGGGGCUCUCGCAGCAGGAAAUAUUUCAUCAGCUUGGACUGAGCCUUUACCUCUCAUUCACUGACCUAAGCAGAGGGAAGGACUGGAGCCAUAGAUACUGGCAACUUUACCAUCAAAAAGGAAACUGAAUAAAGCAUUAUUUUUUA